AUGUUAGUUGUGAUUCUGAUCUUGAUUCAACUUCAAGAUGUCAUUGGUUUUAAAUGUUUGUGUUCUGGAAACAUAGGAAGUGCGUGCCCCGAUGGAUGUGACGCAGGUUCUUACUGUGUAACUACGUGGAUUGUGGCUCAUGGAGCAGUGAGAGAUCAGGGAUGCAAAACUACCCGCACCGAUCUGUCGGAUCGUCAGUGUCAGACGAAUCGGAAAGGACUUGUUUCAUGUGUUUGCAGCUCAGAAAAAUGCAAUGAUGCCUCAUUUGCGAUUCCAUCGGAUGUCGCCCUAAUCGUUCCACCUGUCAUCAAGUGUUUCAGCCAAGAUUUGAAUGAAGAUAACUUCUGUUUUGGUCAUUAUUGCACUUACUCAGCCGAAUUGGUUAUGAAUGACUUUGGUGACGUAUUCCCAACUCCUUAUAAACCAACACGAGGUUGUUCGGACGAUGAGUAUAGCGAUGAUUUAAACUCUGUGAAUGUAUGUACUUCUUCCAACAAUAUAAUCAAUUGCAAAUGCAACACGGAGUUCUGUAAUCGAGCUCAACCAUUCCCAGUUCCAUUGGGAAACGUCCUAUGCUAUAUGAGCUCGGCUUACUCGAAUAGUUAUCCUGUUGGUCUUAAGUAUUGUCGCGGUCACUUAUGCUACAUCAUGCAAACGGAUUACGAAGGGAAAGUUGGGAGAGGUUGUUUGAGUGUUAGCGAUGGAGCACCUGAAGAAUUGAAGAAACCAGGAGCAUAUUUGAGCUACAAGUACUGUGAUCAGGAUUUGUGCAACGGAGAUUUCAUGGCCGAUGCACCAAGUGUAAUAAAUGGAGAAGGUUCUGCAACUACACCACAACCAUAA